AUGACGACAACGAAUUUCGCAGAUGCAGAUCGAAUAUUAAAGAAAUUAGAUGUUUCCGUGAUUGGCAAUAGACCGAAUGAAAACGAUCUGAGCGAUUUUAAAGAACAUCAGGAUACAUUUGAAAGAAAUGUUUGGUCAUGCACGGAUUGUAGUCGUCGAACAAUGGUCAUUCGAAAUGAACAAGUUAAAGUACUCCCAAUCAUUGAUUUUCAGUUUUUUAAAUCAUUCAAAGACGAUCAAAUAUCAGCCGAUGGGCUAGUCGUUGAAUCAUCAAUGAAAGGUGCAGAGAGAAACAACAAAUAUGAAGAUGUCGUUCCGGGCGAUCCGACUGUUAAUAAAUUGGAACUGGAAAAUGGUCAUCAUCAGUGUCGGUAUUCAUUCAUCAGUUGGUGCCGUUCACCUUAUCUUUCGCAAUUUUGA